GGGGCGCGCGGGGAGCGGUUAAACGGGAGCGGGGCGACGGGAGCGACUGCGGGGCGGCCCGUGGGCUGCGGGCACCUCCGCUCCUCGCGGGGCUGUGCGGCGGGAGGCGGCUCCAGCAGCUCCGGGCUGUACGCUGUUGGUGUGGCAGGUGGCCAUGGACGAGCAGAAGGCGGUGAUAAAGGACACGGACAUGCUGGAGGAGAUGCAGCAGCAGGCCGUGCAGUGUGCCGUUUUGGCCAUAGAGAAGUACAGCGUCGAAAGAGAAAUUGCUGCCCUUAUAAAGAGGGAGUUUGAGAAGAAGUACAGCCCCACUUGGCACUGUGUUGUGGGAAGGAAGUUUGGCAGCUAUGUGUCUCAUGAGACCAAACACUUCAUUUUCUUCCUGGUGCGCGGCCUCAACGUGCUGCUGUUCAAGGCCGGGUAGCGGCCAUUGCUGGGAGCUGCAGUGCCGUGGGCUGCAGGUGACAGCACGGUGCUUCUGGGCCUUCGUUGUGUUCGACACGGGAAAAAAGGACAGUUCUUUGUAUUUACUUUCUUUCCGAAGUCAGCUCCUUCGUUAAUUAAAACGCUGUGUUUA